AUGACGGGGGACUCAGGUUCCAUCCCUGUUCAGGGAAAUAAUUUCCUGUAUUCUGUGCAAAAAAAAACCAAAAAACAGAUCCCCGUGCGCUGCUUCACGUGCGGCAAGAUCGUCGGCAACAAGUGGGAGGCCUACCUGGGGCUGCUGCAGGCCGAGUACACCAAAGGGGACGCCCUGGAUGUGCUGGGCCUGAAGCGCUACUGCUGCCGCCGAAUGCUGCUUGCCCAUGUGGACCUGAUCGAGAAGCUGCUCAACUACGCGCCCCUGGAGAAGUGACCC